AAAACAUCGUGAGAACGCGUCACUAAGUCUAGACUUUAACUCAAACCUAUUUUUCACAUCUGAGUGUAUGUUUGAACAAAGAUACCAAAUCCUUUGCAGUAUUUGCUGAGAGAUCGAGGUGGAAUCCGUCUUUAUCUGCAAUAUCUUUUAUUGUUGCUGAUAUCAAAUGUUUGCGGUGACAGACACACAUAAUUCAGACAAUUAACAACUCUGGAAGUGAACACUUGUUAUUAACUAUUUAUUAUUUUCAAUUUUUGUCAGUAACCAUACGUUUUUCAAAGCAAAAACUAUCAAAAUGCGAAACGCAACUAUCGCGGUGUCUCCUAUUUAUUUUAACAUAGCUGAGUACUGUUUGUUCGGCUUGAUUCUCGGUGUGAUAGUGUUUAUAACUGUGCACUAUUUGUUUGUCAACACGAAAUAUAACACGGUAGCCGGGUUCUUGUUCGGCGGGAAAAAUAUGUCGAUCAUAUCAAUCUCAUUGGCUUUAACAGCGAGCCACCUGACCAGUAUAACUCUUCUGGGAGUGCCCGUUGAGAUCUACCUACGAGGAACUCAGUACUGGGCGUCGGCGUUAUCUCUAGUCGUGGUUACUUUCCUCACCGCCGUUAUUUAUUUGCCAGUAUUCCACAGGCUCCAGCUAUCAUCCAGCUUCGAGUACCUGGAGAUCCGGUUCUCGACCCACACGAGAACCAUCGCGGCAGUUCUCUUCGUCGUCAGCAAGCUGAUGCUCCUGCCUAUUGUCCCUUAUGUACCGCUCACGGCGUUUAGAUUAGUUACAAAAGUUCUCGCCGCUCGUAUAGUAGCAGUAAUCUGUGUAGCCUGUUCCACGCUUGUGGCUAUUGGGGGUCUUCGGGCUAUAGUCAGUGUGGGUAUAGUCACGACGUUCCUGGCGUUAGCCGGUACUGCCUUACCGAGCGGUCUGGCUCUCCUGCCUAUGGGCUUCAAGAGAAUGUGGGAGGUGUCCAGCCAAGGAGGAAGAUUGGUGUUUUAUGAUCCCGAUCCUGAACUAGCGCACCACACGUCGUUCUUCGUAGUGACAGUAGCUUUAAGCACAAACUGGCUCUGGAAGAUGGCUCUCAGUCAGUCCUCUCUCCAGAAGCUUCUAGCAGUAAGCACCAUAGGCAAGGCCAGGGUGUGCCUAGCCCUCUCCUGCUUGGGGAUCAUAUUCAUGAAGAUGUUGUCCUGUUUCCUGGGCCUGACGAUAUACGCGUGGUUCGCUGGGUGCGAUCCGUUACUGACGGGACAGAUUAAGAAACAUGAACAGUUGGUGCCACAUUUUCUAAACAAUCUGGCUACUAUGUUUCCUGGGAUUUGUGGGAUCUUUAUAAUAUCAAUAUUUUGCGCCACAACUGGAUGUAUAGCAUCCCUGAUCAACUCAAUAUCUGGUGUGCUAUUCGAAGAGUUCAUCAGACCCUGGAUGCCUUUGAGGACCAAAGAAUUGACAAGCUGCAGGAUUAUGAAGUUACUUUGCGUUCUCGUCGGGGUAUACUGCGGCUGCGUGGUGUGGCUGGCCAAGGAGUUGGACCGGUUACAGCACGUGGCUUCAGGUGUCACAGGUGUCACCGCGGGGACACUACUCGGCCUCUUUACCCUGGGCAUCGUGUUCUCCAGAGCUAAUUGUUCGGGGGCGUUAAGCGGGUGCCUUCUAAGUCUUGUGCUCUGCGGCUGGCUACUGGUGGGGGCGGAGAACGCGCUCGCGACGGGGGCACUGACCUUCCAGGGGAAGCCCAUGCACACUAUGGGCUGCGGCAAGAACUUCACAGAGGUCAACGUCACCACCGUUGUACGGGAGGCUGUAAAGAUACCAACGAAGCCCAUGCAGUCUAUUUUCCGAAUCUCCUUCACGUACUGCCCCUUCGCUGGCGCAGUAUCUGUUCUCAUCAUCGGCAUCGCCAUGAGCUACUUGACCGGCAAGGCCAAGACUGACUCCAUCAACCCUGAUGUCUUCUGCCCGCUGACCCAGAGCUUCCUCCACAAACUCCAGAACAGAAGUCCCACGGUCUCCAUGGAGUUGCGACCGCCGAAUACUGAGGAGGUGUACAUGGCGCUGGACGAAGCGUUGAAGCACCUGAAAGAAGUGAUAGAUCGAUGAUUGUUA